AUGGAGGGGGCGAGUGAGGAAACUCUGGCAUCUGUAUCCAGUCUGGUGACUGUGUUUGAGAAGAGCAGGACGACAGGAGCAGUGCCCAGAGUCCACGGCCCGGAGGCCGGGCGUCAGCAGCCUGGGUGCAGGUCUCCUACACCCGCAGGGCCCUGGGAGAAGCCCACCGUGGAGGAGGCCCUGGGCUCCGGGUCCAGGAUGGUCAGCAGGAGGUACCUGAGCUCCCUGAAGAACAAGCUGUGCAGCGGGGCCUGGAGGAAGUCUUACCAGCCCGGGACCUGCCCCGGCCCAGGGACGCAGGAGCCUGAGGAGAAGAAGAUUGUCCGGGAGCUGCUGGAGACUGAGCAGGCCUACGUGGCACGCCUCCACCUGCUGGACCAGGUCUUCUUCCAGGAGCUGCUGAAGGAGGCCCGAAGCAGCAAGGCCUUCCCUGAGGAUGUGGUCAGGCUCAUCUUCUCCAACAUCUCCUCCAUCUACCAGUUCCACUCGCAGUUCUUCCUCCCAGAGCUGCAGCGGCGGCUGGACGACUGGACCACCACCCCCCGCAUCGGCGAUGUGAUCCAGAAGCUGGCGCCCUUCCUGAAGAUGUACAGUGAGUAUGUCAAGAACUUUGAGAGAGCCAUCGAGCUGCUGGCCACCUGGACAGACAAAUCUGCACCCUUCCAGGAGGUUAUCACCCGCAUCCAGAGCAGCGAGGCCUCAGCUAGCCUGACCCUGCAGCACCACAUGCUGGAACCUGUGCAGAGAAUCCCACGCUACGAGCUGCUGCUCAAGGAGUAUGUCCAGAAGCUGCCAGGCCAGGCCCCAGACCUGGCUGAUGCCCAGAAAGCCCUUGACAUGAUCUUCUCUGCUGCUCAGCACUCCAACGCAGCCAUCACUGAAAUGGAGCGGCUGCAGGAACUGUGGGAAGUGUACCAGCGCCUGGGCCUGGAGGACGAUAUAGUUGACCCCUCCAACACCCUGCUCCGCGAGGGCCCCGUCCUCAAGAUCUCCUUCCGCCGCAGCGGCCCCAUGGAGCGCUACCUUUUCUUGUUCAACAACAUGCUGCUGUAUUGCGUGCCCAGGGUCAUCCAGGUGGGCGCCCACUUCCAGGUCAGGACCCGCAUCGAUGUGGCCGGCAUGAAGGUUCGAGAGCUGACUGACGCAGAGUUCCCCCACUCCUUCCUGGUGUCCGGGAAGCAGCGAACCCUGGAGCUUCGAGCCCGGUCCCAGGAGGAAAUGAUCUCCUGGUUGCAGGCCUGCCAAGCUGCCAUUGACCAAAUCGAGAAGCGGAAUGAAACCUUCAAGGCUGCAGUCCAGAGCCCUGAGGCAGACCCCCAAGAGCAGGAGCUGCAGUCCGUGGAGCUGGGCCUCCGGGCGCCCCAGUGGGUGCGGGACAAGAUGGUGACCAUGUGCAUGCGCUGCCAGGAGCCCUUCAACGCCCUGACGCGCCGCCGCCACCACUGCCGGGCCUGUGGCUACGUGGUGUGUGCCAGGUGCUCGGACUACCGGGCGGAGCUCAAGUACGAUGCCAACAGGCCCAACCGAGUCUGCUUGGACUGCUACACCUUCCUCACGGGAAACGUGCUCCCUGAGGAAAAGGAGGACAAGAGACGGGGCAUCCUGGAGAAAGGAGCCGUGGCGGGGUCUGAGCAGAGCCUCAUAUGCAGCUUUCUGCAGCUCCUGGGGGACAAGUGGGGCAAGAGCGGGUCCCGGGGCUGGUGUGCCAUCCCCCGGGAUGACCCCCUUGUGCUCUACAUCUAUGCUGCCCCUCAGGACAUGCGGGCCCACACCUCCAUCCCCCUGCUGGGCUACCAGGUGACCGCUGGGCCCCAGGCAGACGCCCGGGUCUUCCAACUGCAGCAGUCAGGCCAGCUCUACACCUUCAAAGCCGAAAGCGAGGAGCUGAAGGGCCGCUGGGUGAAGGCCAUGGAGCGGGCGGCCAGCGGCUGGAGCCCUGUGGAGUCCGGUGACAAGGACCUGUCUGACUGA